AUGCUACCAAGGCUGUCUCCAUGCCUUCUCUCUCGCGUAAAAAAGGGCCGGAUCUUCAUAACUCGGGCGCUGGAACCUGAAGCGGAGUGCAACGAAGUGAAGAAAGAUCUCGGCCUGGGCGAAUUUGCCAUCCCCAUCGGCAAUCUCAAAGAGGAAGGCAAAACAGAAGGCGCUUUGAAGCGUCUCGACGAAUUUCCUGAGGAGAAGGCUGUUGCUAAGAUGAGCGACCUAUGCAGUGCUUCAUUCGCUGACUGCCGGUCCUACCUUGACGAGCAGCACAAAGAUGCCAAGGCCAAAGGGAAGAUGGAUUGGACACCUCUACCGAUCGAAACGCCCAAGACUGAGGAGGAGGCAGUUGAGUACCGCAGAAUUACGGCAAAGGGUCACGCUACUGGUACGACCGAGCCUACAAAGCUCAUUGGUGUUGCUGCAGUGGGCAAAACCGGACCCUACAUUUCUCCUCCAGGCUCGAUUCAAGUCGACUCGCUGGGUUUUGAAACCUUCACGAAGCUCUUUGGGGACUCCAAACCCCGGAAGCGCAUCACUUGGGAAGAUAGAGUACUCGUUGGAGAACAUCGGAUUCUCUUGUAG